AUGACUACAGAAGAGAAAACCACCACUACUACUGUACCAUUAAAUCUUCUCUUCCGAAAUGAGAAUUAUUGUUCUGAUUUUCCACCCGAUAUAGGUGCUCAUGAUUUUCUCAAACUCUAUCCACGAGGUGGCUACACCACCAUGCGAACAUUUCACGUUCAUUCAGUAUUUGAAUAUAAUUUUCAUAUUCAUCGUUUAAUGUAUUCACAAAGUCAAGUUUUAUUUAAAUCGGUUGGAAAAUGUGAUUUGAAAGAAAUUGAAUUCGCUGAUGAGGAAAAAGAAGAAGGCUUUUAUCCUCUCGCAAUACUUUAUGAUUUUCAAAAAUUUAAACAAAUUUGUACCAAUGCUUUGAAUGUUGGAAUUAAGAAAUAUUGCGACAUGACACAAAUUUCUUUGAAUGAUGACACGAAUGAAGACAUUCCAAACAACAAUGAUAACAAUAAUUGGAAAGAGUUGAAACUAACAAUAUUAAUUAAUUGUUUUCGAAAAAAAGGUGACAUGACGAGUGAUGUACCAUUCAUUGAAGAAACGAUGGAAUCCAUAACUAAUUGCAAAUACAUUGGAUUUGAUGUAUAUUUACACAUUACUGAAAUGGAAGAAUUAUCACAACCAAUUUCAGUCGACAUGAUGCCAGGUAGCCGAGUCCAUCUUGCCAAUAUUAAAGACAGCAAUUGGGUCCUCGAAAGAGAUCCUCUCAACAAGCGAAAACACAAAACUUGCCAAGAAGUUCUCAUGUGUGAAAACGACGGAAUUGUUCGAGAAGGAAUCAGCUCCAAUUUUUUUGUCAUUUCUCAACACAAUCAUGUCAUGACUGCAAAAGAAGGAAUUCUCUUUGGAAGUGUACGAGCUGCUAUCAUACCCACAAAAGUUCAAGACGUGUUGCAUCAUUCUCUCGAGAAGGAUUGCGACACCAUUCUCACUCAAGAAGGUAUCAACUAUUUUGAGAAGAAUCCCAACCUUUCAGAUCUUAUCGAAUGGAAAGAAGCAUUUAUUACAAGUACUUCACGAUUAUUAUUACCAAUUCGAACCAUUCACAUCAGUAAGGAAUGCAUUGAUGAAAUUCUUCCAAAAGACAAGGCACGCGAGAUUCAACUCAGUGGUCGUUUGACCGACAGUGACGACGAACGAUUUUACACCAUACAUUUCGAACAGACCUAUCAAGGUGAAAAGUUGGGAUUAUUGUUGAAAAAUAAUCUUCUCUCAAAAAAGAGUGAACGAGUGGUAUUUUGUAAAGACAUGAUUUGA